AUGCAGGACGACGACAAUAUGCAGGCGGGCGUCGUCAGAGAAAACGGGCAGACCUUCGAUGACGUUGAUCGCGUGAACGACGCCGGGAGGGACGAUUUGUGCGUAAUAUGUCUGGAUCCUUUGGCGACGCGAAGGCGGUCGUCAUUGCGGUGCAGGCGUGUUUUUCACAAGGACUGCAUUGAAAGGUUGUGCAGGCAAAACCGAAGACGCAAGGAUGAUCCGCCAGGGGCAUGGAUAUGCUGUCCUAUGUGUCGGCAACCGACGAUCAUCGGAGAAAUUAGAGGGUUCGAAAGUGUGAUCGUGUGGCCAGUGCCGAGGCGUAUAGUUUCGGGGCAGAGCUACGCUUCGAUUGACCUCUACGCUUUUUUGGAGAGAAGGAAUGAUCGGAGGACGAGGGCUACGCACGUGUUGGUGACAUUGGCUGAAGACAUCCUCGGAUUCCUGAUGCCGCCGUUCAGCGUGCCUCCCGGGUGGUCAGAGUACGUAGAGCACGUGCGACGUCUUCCUCGUCGUGAGGUCGAUGACACCGUCUGGCUGCCGAUUCUCUGUAGGGAGGAAGGAGCCCGAGAUGUUCUGGUUGCAUGGGGUAGGGAGGUGCAUCGUCCUGAAAGGGGGGGACGGUAUCCGCCAUUUCCAUGGCCGCUCCAGCCGACCUCAAGACCACGCCCGCGUAGAAUGUUGAGGCAGACCGAGACGAUGGAGGAGUACGUAAACAGGCGGGCACGGGAAGGACACAACCACUAUGAUGUAUUAGUUGAUCUUCGUGCAGACGUCUUGCGCGAGCGAAGGCCUCCGUACGUUCCUCCGCAGGGAUGGAGCGGAUGCGUCAACGCGCAUAGGGUUGUUUCCGAAAACGUACGAAGCAGCCUGUACGAGGAGGUCCAAUUCACGGUUUUGCGUGUAUGCGGUAGGUAUGAAGGUAUCAGAGAAUGGGCAUCAGCGGUGAGAUUCUGGGCCCGAAGGGUGGAGCAGGGAGAAGAAGUCGGUGGUUUUCCUGUAUUCCCGUCCGCCGACAACGGGAACGUGUCACCACAUGUAUCGGAGGAACGAAGAUACGAGGAGGAGCGAGACGUAGUCGUCGCUGUUGUAGGCGAGGUUGCAACAGCUGGGGCUUCGGCCGAGGUCCAGAGAGCCGCCGGUCGUGCGUUGGAAAGAGGCAAUCGGCAAUUGCAAGAUUCGACCGUUGGCCGCCGGGGUAACGGUGCUGCCUUCGAGGAUAGCGCAAGGGAAUGUUUGGAGGACUAUGUGCGGCGGGUAACGCGGGCGGGGUCUGCCCCUAACACCAUCCAGCACCUCGUGGAUGACAUCAUCCAUAAUGCGUCGCCUCCGUUCAUCGCUGGUGCGUUCUGGGACGAUUUCGUCGCUACCCGGCGGAGGCAUGUAAACGCACGACGGCAGUACCAGCGGUUCCCGUUUGGCGAUGAACCAGAAGAUGCUGCGCUCGGCGAUUUCCGCGACCGGAUCGAGCAUUGGGCGGAGGUGCACGAACGUCGAUCCCGCCGUGAUUGCAGGUCAAUGCUUCUUCCGACGUUCCCAUGGUCGUUGUCCGUCGAAAGCCCUGGUAUCUGGGACUGCACGAGACAUGUUGAACGCACGAACGCCGUCAGCGUUGCAGACUUUGCUCGCCCGAACGACGACGGCCCCUUUCCGCCUCCCUGCACGCAACCGGGGUCGCUCCGCCAUGUUAUAUCGAGCGCGGCGCGAGUCGCGCGACGAGGACAUGCCGGCGGCGAGACGCGGCGACGUAAGCACGGACGUGACUGA